UCUCAAUCUCUCAUAGUCUCUUCAACUUCCGAAUUCGUCACUUCUUCUCCCACGCCAUUAAAAUAAACCCAGUAGAAACAGUAUAACCCACUGAAACAAUGGACAAUCCAAACUAUUUCAGCCUUUCCAUGAUUCAAAUUAGAAGGAACUUCUUGGGUUUUUGCUAAAUAUUGAUCAGCUUAAAGAAAUGUCGACUCAAACUAAGAUCAAGGUUAAAGAUGAUGGUAUUGGAGCGUCCAAGAGGAGAAGCAUUGCGGAAGCUGAUCACUGGGCGUUUCUGGAAGAGUUUGAGGCACCAAUGUGGGCUGAUCUUUCGUUGGAAUCAACACUGUCGACUGAAGACAAUAAUGAUGCAUGGUUUCACACAAGCCAUCCGUUCCAUUAUCAUUCUGCACGGCGUUUAAGAUCUGCAUUUGCACAUCCGGAUGUGGGGAAUGACAUUUUCAACUUUAACCUGCAAGGACCAUGUUCUCCACAUCUUCCGUUUUCUGUUUCAAAAUCAAGAGGCAACAACUAUAGAAUUAGAGACAGGACAAGCAACUGUCGUCAAAUUUGUUUAAGUAAAGGACAUCCCAUUAAUGAUUUGGGUGGUAGGUUUUCAUCAAUUAAUUCAGUUUCAAGUCAGGAAGCUAAAUCUAAAGUGAACCAUGGGAAUCAAAGUAAAGCUUCUAAUUCAAUCACCAGUGAGGUGGAUGAUUCAGUAAGAAGUGUGUCUCUAAAGUUUGAGUCAGCAAGCACAAGCGGGGUUUCAACAAGCACCACAAGAACUGUAAGUUGGCACCAAGAUUUAAAGGAUUCUGAGGAGCUGAACGAUGCAUUUAAUCGCACUGGUGAUCCAGAUUCACAGUUUGCACGACCAAGUAGGGUCUCAAAAAGCACCUUGAAAACUCUAGGUUGGCAACAAAAUUCAAAGGUUUCGGGGGAGUCAAAAGAUUCAUUUGCUCUCACAGGUGGUCUUCUAAAUUCUUUGAGAACCAAUCUCAGGAAAAGUCAUGCCACUAGACCAGCACUGCGGCUUGAGGUCAGUGACAAUACAGAAGCAAACAAUCACAAAAUUUCGUCAGGCAAGUUGAGUGUGAGCUCAUCUUGUACUGGACCUGUUACUAAAGGCGAGGGAUCUGCAGCUGUGUCAAUAGGUCAUUCCUGCAAAAAAAAAUCAGAAGCUCGUAAAUCUUGCAAUUUCAAGUCCAAUUUGAACUUUUCUAGUACUGGAUAUGAUACAAAAGGCCGUAAAUCUUCUGCUGGCAAGUCCCAUGUAGGCUCUUCUACUGGAUAUGAUCGAAAAGGCAAAAAAUCUGCAGCUGUACCAAAAUCAGAUCACUGCCAGCAAGUGAAAGUAAAGUUGAAUGUUCAUAUAGGGUCGAAAGAUCACAAGUCUUCAUUUGGGAGGCCUAACCAAGGAUUCUCGUAUGCAAAGCUUGAUGUUAAUGAAAUGGCAGCUGGUGUCAAACUGGCUAAAGAUAAAGUUUCCAAUUUGAGAGAUCUAAGGCAAAACCUUGCUCAAGGAAAAGGGAAAGCUAAAAAAGUGAGGGUGCCAUCUGUUCGUGCUGACAAUUCCUACAGCUCUAAGAAAAAUGGUAGAGAUGUUGCUCCUGCUGCAGCAGCCAAUACCCAGAAAACUUCAAACUCAAAGGUUUUUCUUCAAACAACUCAAAAAAUUCUAUUAAGUCAGUCAGGAAUUGCUCAAGGCGUUGAGGGUAAAGUAGGAGGCAGGCAGUUUAAUAAAUUUGCAUGCAGAGGAAAAGAGAACCUGGGAGGAAGAGCAGUUUCAAGUCAUAGAUCUGGUGACAGCGUGCCAAGUUGGAGAGUAUCAGAUCACAAGGUACCCGGACUGAAGUCAAAAUACAAUGUUGGAGUAACAUCAGCUGGUUCGAAGGUGAGGAUUGAUAGGAUGAAUGAUGCCAAAAAGUCCCUAAAUGCUCGAGUCUAUCUUAGAUGAAAAAUGCUGAUACAGAUAUUGGCUUUGUAUAUAUAUGUAUAUGUACUGUUUUGCCCAAAUACUUAACAGCCAGUAUUCUACUCUUGUUUGCUACAUACCUCAAACAAGGGUCGUGAACCUUCGUACUGUAAGGUAUGGGUAAGGUGAAAUGCAUAGCGAAUUUCUAUAGGACUCUACUUUACCCCUGUUCGGCAAAAAAAAAAUUAAGAAUUCUGGAUAAAACAAGGAUCUGUUGCGAUAUCUUACAUAAACGAGUAUGUAUGUUGAAGUACUAUCUGUGCCGCAAAGGUUUGACCUCAACCCAACUGCACAAAUAUUGGUUAACCAGGAACUGCUUAAAGGCUGUUUCAUGUUUACAAGCAAA